AGUGUUUGACUGCUCUGGGUGUGAUUACUUCAGCCUGGUUGGCUUCCACACCUUUCCAUAGCACUUGGGUUCAGAUUUGGGCCUUAAAUCUCUUGAAGCACUUCAGAUUAAAACUGCACUUCUGGAAAAAAUGGCUGAUGAGGAACUGGAGGCUAUUCGGAGGCAGAGGAUGGCAGAACUGCAGGCAAAACAGGGGGACUCAUCUGGUGAACAACAAGGACAACAGGAAGCCAAGCAGCGAGAAACCGAAAUGAGGAACACGAUACUGGCCCAGGUUUUGGAUCAAUCAGCUCGUGCAAGAUUGAGUAACUUGGCGCUGGUGAAACCUGACAAAGCAAAAGCAGUGGAGAAUUAUCUGAUACAAAUGGCUCGGUUCGGCCAGCUCGGCGGAAAGAUCUCAGAGUCUGGAUUAAUAGAAAUUCUUGAAAAAGUCAGUCAACAAACAGAGAAGAAAACAACCGUGAAGUUUAACAGGCGGCGAGUGAUGGACUCUGAUGAUGAUGAUGAUGAUGAUUAUUGAAGCUCCAGUCGGCGUGCUGGUGAGAGAUGACUGCGCUCCCCCCGAUCUCAAAUAGCGCCGGUGUCUAAAGAGAGGUCCGAUCUAUGGAGAACAGCGUCCUGGAGGGGAAAGACGACUCCUAUACUUUUGGACAAAUAUUGUGGAUUUUUCACUAGUAGUUUUUUCCCACAAAUAUUUACAGUGUAAUUUUCUACGGACCGCUUUGGCAUCGAAACAGAUCAGGCCUCAGUAUCAUCUCUUAAUCCAUGUAUCCAGCAUUCAACUGUUUACAUAAUAAAAAAAAGCCUUAUAUAAAACUA